AUGGAAGCUGAAGAGGAAGGGGCAAAAAAGCUGUCAGAAGUAAGCUUUGAAAACUUACCUCCCAACUACCAUAACGAGUCCAACACGGAAACCAGAGUAGGCAACAGAACUGUUCAGACUCAUCAAGAAAUUGAUAAGGUUACAGAUAACARAACUGGAUCAACAGUUUUUUCUGAGACAGUUAUUACAUCCAUAAGAGAUGGAGAAAACAAAAGGAAUCAUGAGUGUAUCAUUGAUGAAGACUGUGAAACAGGGAAAUACUGCCAGUUCUCCACCUUUGAAUACAAAUGUCAGCUCUGCAAACCCCAGCACACACSCUGCUCCCGGGAUGUGGAGUGCUGUGGGGAGCAGCUCUGCGUGUGGGGACAGUGCCACAGAUCCAUCUCCAGAGGGGACAACGGCACCAUUUGUGAGAAGCAGCACGACUGCARCCCUGGCACUUGCUGUGCUUUUCAGAAAGAGCUGCUGUUCCCUGUGUGCACACCUUUACCUGAGCAAGGGGAGCCCUGCCACGAUCCCUCCAACARACUGCUCAACCUCAUCUCCUGGGAGCUGGAGCCCGAUGGAGCCCUGGAGAAAUGUCCCUGUGCCAGUGGCCUGAGCUGCCAGCCUCAGAGCCACAGAGCUACAUCUGUGUGUCAGCUGUCUGCCAACGGAACCCACAACACUGAAAAAGAAGAUCCCUUAAUCAUGGAKGAGAUUCCCUUUCUCAGCUUGAUCCCCCAGGAUCUUCUCUCUGAUGAUGAGGAAAGCAGUGUCAUGCAGGAAGUGCGGAGAGAAUUGGAAAGUCUGGAGGACCACACAGCUUUGAAGCCUGGGCCUGACUCAGCUCAGGACCUGGUUUUGGGAGAUGAAAUCUGAAGCCCAAGCCCCAGUUAGUAAUUUCUAGAUUUUUUUGUCUAGUGUCUUGCUUGUACAAACCCUGAACAGGCCCUGCUGGAUGGAAGUGCAAUAAAUAAGGUGUUCAGUGAGCAUCUUUCUCUGCACCAAACCUGCAUGUCCAGCGACGUGGAAUCCACUCAAUCCUUGGACCAAACCUGCUGUCAGAUGGGAACCACAUGAGAGUUCUUCUGCAUCUGCACUUGCCCCUUGUACGUCAGAAAUAAACUUGUACGCAUUAAAAAAUACAAGCAUAAAUAAUUUUAAGUUACUAUAGUAAUUGUGUGAUUU